GCGUCGUGGUCUGUGUGUUUGGAGUUUGCGUGUUCUCCCUAUGCUUGGUGGGUUUCCUCCGGGUACUCCAGUUUCCUCCCACAGUCCAAAGACAAGCAGAUUCGGUUAAUUGGCGUAUCCAAAUUGCUUAUAGUGCAAUGGACUGGCACCCCAUCCAGGGUGUGCAACACCUCAUGCCCUAAGUCUGCUGGGAUAGGCUCCAGGCCCCCCACAAACCUGUAUACAGGAUAAAGCAGUAUAAAUGAAAAGUGGCUGAGUUAGCAUUACAUGGACUACCCAAUCACAAAGCUAUAAACAUUUACAUAGCCUUAACAAACAUAAUUGCAAAACAUAGCUAAAAUGUUCCCCAUAUAUCAAUGUCUACAUUUGUUCUGUCUGUUUUGUUUGUUCAUUCUUUCUCUUUUGUAAGCUUUAUAUUUUACCAGUUUAUUGAAAUUCUUUUUAUAUUUCAGAGUAACUGUCAGAGUAACUGUAGUUGUUAUCCUUUUUUUUUCCAAGUGUGUUCACUGCAACUGGAAAUGGAGGAAAUGACAGCUCAAUCUCCACAUCAGCAACAUACUAAUGAGGAUGCUGGUCUGUGGGAUUUUCUUCGUAAGAGGGGUGUUCCUGAAGAAAAUAUUGACCAAAUGCAACAAGACAGGAUUGAUACAUCAGUUGUCAGAGAACUAGAUGACACCUGCCUUGCACGCUACAUACCACUGUAUGGAGACAGAAUUGCUACAAGGCAGUACUGUCUGGACAAGCAAAAACGAAAAGACGAUAGCUGCUCAAAGAUGUCCCUUCUUGAAAAACUGCGAAAGAAAAUGAGCACAGCAACAACAAGCCAUGAAGAGGAAACUACAGAAGAAAGAAGGCCUACAAAAAAAGCAAGCUAUAAAAGAAAUGCUACAAAGUCUUCAAGAAAAAUCGAGUUAGGGUGGAUCCAUGAGGGAAAGCAAGUCAGAAAACGAUGUGGCAGAGGAACCAGAAUUCUUGAUAUAUCCAAGGAUGCAACCAAGAAUGACCUUAUGGCUCAUGCCAAGGAACUAUUUUUUCCACAUGGUGAGUCAAAAAAAGGAAAGUGGGAAGAAUUCACUCAUAGUAUUUAUGACUUUAAGGAAUCAGAACUUGAAGACAGCAUUACGCUUGGUGAGCUGUACACACUGUCAAAAUUUGGUAUUUUACGCUUUUAUUUACAUACGAUGUGGCACAAAGACAAAUCUGGCACAGAAGUGGACAAUGAGAAGGACAGACAUAGUGGCCCUCUAGGAGAGCAGCAGAAGAGAGCACAGCGCAUUAAUUCUGAUCAACACCUGGAAAAGCCACUUUGUGUACAUAAACCACAAACCAAUCCAUCUUGUACAGUUAAAGAGUGUAAUCAUGCAACCUCCAGUGCCCAUUUAGCUGUUGUUGGUGUAAUUAAUCUUACUUCUCUGUCUUAUGAUUCAAAGGUGAUUGUAGGUGGCAUAGAAGAUGUAUCAUCUGCAAGCCAGCUUGAUGACACUGUUCCAGUUGUUGCAUGCACAGAGGAAGUCAUUAAUGUUGGCCUUUCUACAUCCACUCCUGUUAAACAUACUGUCUGUUCAAGUGGUAAUGCAGACUAUGAGUUGCUGUUAAUGAAAAAGGCCAUGAUGCAGAUGGUGUGUCAAGGGAUGUCUAUGCUGCAUUUUGGACAGAAUUUCUAGAUUGUGCAGCUGAGGGGGCAGAAAUGAGAGUGCCAUCUCUGUCACCAAAAUGGCAAGAGGAUGAAUGGAAAGCUGUGGGAAGAAUAUUGGCCAAGGGUUUUCUAGAUCAAGGCUACUUUCCAUUGCGGGUUGCCCCAGCAUUUACCACUGCACUGAUAUUCGGAGAACAUGCUGUAUCUACUGAUUUACUGUAUCAGUCAUUGCUGUUGUAUCUGAGUCAGUGUGAGAGAGAUCUCAUAACUACUGCUUUACAGCAGGACCUUGACAGUAAUGGUCAGGAUGAGUUAUUAGAUCUGCUGGAUCGAUUGGGAGUAAAAAACAGUCCCAUCACAAGAUAACCUUAAAGCAGUCCUUAUUCAAGUAGCACACAAACAAAUAAUUCAGCAACCAAAAUAUGCUCUUGAUAACAUGUCAGAAGUUGCAGCCCAACCCCUGAUGACUACACUAACCACACCACCAAAGAUAUAGACCAUGUAUGAUGACAAGAAACCAACUUCCAGAAAAGUCUUAAAGCUGAUUGAAGCAAAUCCAACAACACCAGCUGAGAACCAAGCCUUCAAAUUUCUACAACAGUAGAAAUACGUGGAUUGGAUCAGGUGGGUCUUAGAAGAAUGCUGAGAUUUGUGACAGGGUCAGAUGUCAUCUGUGUUACAGAAAUUAGAGUUGUGUUUACAACUUUGGAUGGACUUGCACGUUGACCAGUUGCACACACCUGUGGAUCUGUUUUGGAGUUACCUUGUACAUACAACUCCUACCCAGAGCUACUUGUUGAAAUGGAGAAUGUACUGACCAGCAACUACUACACUAUGGAUAUUGUGUAGUAAGACAAUGCACAUACAGUACACAGCAGGUCCACGUAGCUGUAACAUUUGAAUAAUAUUUAAUUGAAUUUUUGAAACGUUAGAGAUAAGUGGAUUUAAAAAGCAUUCUGUGUUAGAAUUUACAAAUGAGUUUGCAAGGGCUCACUAGAUUGAAAUAAGUCAGAACUGCUCAUGUUUCCAAAAGCAGUAUUAUACCAUUUGUUGUACCAGUUAUUUCUGGAAGUAACAUAGUUAAUUAUCAUUGCACUGUGCAUAAAAAGCCAUUUAGCUACCUCCAAAGAAUAAGGUUUUUUUUUUAUAUAGUUUGUAGUGAAACAGUAUUUAAAGUUUUACCACAAAGUUCAUUACUGUAAAAGGAUUGCACCAAGGUAAUUUAUUUACUAUAUUUACAGAAAUCAUAUCAAUAUCCAUUCAUAUCCAUUCCUUUCAAUUGUUUUUUUGAACAAUACAGUCUAAGAAAAAAAAUAACAGUGUUGCAAACAAGGAUUUAUUUGUCAAUUAAAUGUUGUCCACUUGUUCUGUUAUCAUAGUUUUUUCUUAGUGAUGCUGCAGCAUGAACAACUCAGAUGCAUUUGUUCAGAAUUCCCCACAGACAAAGUUUUUUUGGUUGUGGUAAUCUACAUAGUGAGUGGACGGCAAUGUGAAGUUCAGAUGCUUAGCAUCACAUUAACACUUAAAAGGAAUCAGCAGUGCAAAGUGGGAUCAAUAAACCAAUGACAUUUUUUUUCCUGUU